GCAUCAACAUGCUUAACUCGGCACGAGGACCGGGGACCCCUCAACUCCACAGUCAAGUCGCAAGGUACAAGAACCGGAUAGCGGAAUGAACAAGAUAGCACAGAGCAUCAUCUUGAUAACCCAUCAUUGGCUCCAAUAACAAUAUUGUGGUUCAACAAACCUGUCGUUGAGAUACCAUCAUGCACGUCAUAAUGACUCCGGGACCUCCCGCCCACCGAAACAGCUCAGAGCGAAAUCGCUCCAUGUAAACACACACUGCCCAUUCUAUCAAUGGGAAGAAAACUUCACAUCUUCUCAAUCGUCUCUACAAAACCUCGCAGCAACUGAAGUACGUACGUUCAAGACAGCCACCAUGUCUCCAAGCGCUCAAGCACCGCCAACCAUAAUCUCCGCCUCACAAACCCCCGAAGAAGAGCGCAACAUCACCACCGCAAAGCAAUACAUGGCCAUCGCCUACUCCCCGACCGAGAACCAGGGCGCCGAGUCCGUCCGCCACCUCUGCCACCCAGACAGCUGGUUCUGGAGCCCGUCCACCUUCCCGGGCUGCUCCACCCCGAUGGACUACGCCGACUCGCACGCCACCGUCAUGCAGUCGGUCAACGACCUGCACAUCGUGCGCUACGAUCAAGCCUGGGCCAAGGACGGCCACGUCCUGCUGCGGUACACCGCCGAGGGGUCGCAUGCGGGGAAGCCGUACAAGGGGAUCGAGAGGUCCGACCCCCCCAAGCGGGCGCAGUGGAGCGCGGCGGCCAUCUUUGAGAUCAGCGAUGGAAAAGUCAGAAGCUUCACCAAGGACUGGGAUCAGAAGGUGAUGCAGAUUCAACUCGGUUGGGCGCCUGUGAAGGAGUCUGAAGAUCCGCGGUGGAAUGCGGAGAUUUUGGCCAAUCCGGAAAAAGGGCGGCAGGCGAAGUAGAGACGGAGGGUCUGGGAGCAAGAUAAAUCACGAAGUUGGAGGUCGUUGAGGGUCGAUGUUCAUGUUGGUAGAGUAGAAUGGU